GUGCGGUGCACAGCGGGCGGGCCGCGGGUGGCCGGCGGGGUUUGUGCGGUGCACGGCGGGAAGAUGGCGGACAGGGAGGAGGCGCUGAGGGAGUUCGUGGCCGUCACCGGCGUCGAGGAGGAGCGAGCGCGAUUCUUCCUGGAGUCCUCCGGAUGGGACCUCCAGAUUGCACUUGCCAGUUUCUAUGAGGAUGGGGGUGAUGAGGACAUCCUGACCCUGCCCCAGCCAGCACCCAGCUCUGUCUCCAGGGGCACUGCAGCCAGUGACCACAGAGUGACAUCCUUCAGAGACCUUGUUCAUGCACAGGAGGAUGAUGAUGAGGAGGAGGAAGGACAGAGGUUUUAUGCUGGAGGCUCAGAGAGAAGUGGGCAGCAGAUUGUUGGCCCUCCCAGGAAGAAGAGUCCCAACGAGCUGGUGGAGGAUCUGUUCAAAGGAGCAAAGGAACACGGAGCUGUGGCUGUGGACAGGGCAGCCAAGAGCAGUGGGGAGACCAGCAAGCCUAAACCCUUUGCAGGGGGUGGGUAUCGCCUCGGGGCCACUCCAGAGGAGGAGUCUGCUUACGUGGCAGGAGAGAGGAGGCAGAACUCUGCCCAGGAUGUGCACGUUGUGCUGAAGCUCUGGAAGAGUGGGUUCAGUCUGGACAGUGGAGAACUGAGGAGCUACCAGGAUCCAUCCAAUGCUCAGUUCCUUGAUGAUAUCCGCAGAGGGGAGGUCCCGGCAGAGCUGCGCAGGUUAGCGCGGGGCGGACAAGUGAACCUGGAUAUGGAGGAUCACCGUGAUGAGGAGUAUGUGAAACCCAAAAGUGUCUUCAGAGCCUUUACUGGAGAGGGACAGAAGCUGGGCAGCACUGUGCCCCAGGUGAUGAGCACCAGCUCACCAGCCCAGCAGGCUGAGAAUGAAGCCAAAGCCAGUUCUGCCAUUGCUAUUGAUGAGUCAGAGCCCAUCACCAACAUCCAGAUCCGGCUUGCUGACGGGGGGAGGCUGGUCCAGAAGUUCAACCACAGUCACAGGAUCCGGGAUAUCCGACUCUUCAUCGUGGAUGCCAGGCCAGCAAUGGCUGCCACCAGCUUUGUCCUGAUGACCACCUUCCCCAACACAGAGCUGGCUGAUGAGAACCAGACCCUGAAGGAAGCCAACCUGCUCAAUGCUGUCAUCGUUCAGAGGCUGACAUAAAGGAACCCAGCUCUGCCCCAGCCUGCCUGCACCACAGCCUGCAGCACAGGCUCACAUCUACUCAUAGCUCUGGGUUCUUAGGUCUUGGUUGGACUUUUUUUUUUUUUUUUUUCCUCUUUAGUUGAAUUUUCCCUGGUUUUUUUCUUCUUUUUUUUUUUUUUUUUUUGUGAUGAUCAGUGGACUCUAAAAUAAAUAAAUGAAACAAAUCCAUUUUGAAAGGAGCUGCAGCCUAUUGUGCCACCAGUUCUCCCAGGAGAGUUCAGUUACCACUGUGGAUUGUGUUACUGAGCUCUUUAGAGGGGAGGAAGGUCAGGGGGAAGGGAGCUCCCAGGAGCAGUUUCCAUCCAUGCUGACUGACUGCUCAUCACAAUCUUUUUUUACUCUUCCCUCUCCUCCAGGGACCACUGCAAAGUCCUCCCUUGAAUUCUGCACAUUAAAUACAAACUGCACGAGAAUGGGAGAUCUGAUUGGCAGCAUAAUGUAACCUGUAAAAGCUCUGUGGAGGAAGAGUCUGUCAAACAGCCAUUGCUCAGUGUGGGGAAAACUCCAACGUGUCUGUACAGGUGCAAGGUUUAACUCUCUUCUUGGGCUUUUUUUGGGGAGAAAGUCCUGACUUUCCUUCCCCCAGCAGAACUCUCAGGGCGGUCACUGCAGCACCCCCUGCUCUGCCCAGCACUCCUGACUGCCUGCAGGUUUCAUUUGCUGGAUUGCAUUUCUCUGAGAAACCCUGCUGCUGACUUUUUCUUUCCAGGAAGGCACAAAGCUGAUUCAGCUUGAAGUGACUGAAAGUAAAGGGCAAACAGAGUUUAUCUUACUGGAAAGCAAGUUUUAUUUUAAGAGGUGAAGGAGAUGAUGGGAACAGCUCAGGUGGAAAACUUGAGGCUGUAGUACCCUUUGGUUGUUUCCUCUGCUGAGGACUAACGUAGCUGAACACCUGGAAUUCUCCAGCUCUGGUCUGUGUUUGUGUUUUGGGCUCAGGUCUCCAUAUCUUUCUUCCCUUUGAACAGAAUCCUGCAGGGCAAUUCCUUCUGCCUAGACUUGAGGGACUGGUAGCACUGGUGUGGCAUCACACACACACCAGUUGGUGUCUAGCAAUGUGCCAGGGGUCUUGGCACCAACUGCCCUCCCAGCCCUGGGCUUUGGAGCAGAACUUGAAGCUGUGCUGAACCCAGGGGGAUCCCUCUGGGAGAGGUUGGGUUUCCCUGCUCUUGGCGUGCUGUCCCCUUCCUGCCUCAGUCACACUGGAGCCCUGUGCUCUGUUUCCCCCCACUCAGUGCUCUGGAGCUUCCAGGUCCUCCCCUUGGUGCCAGAAAUCCCAGGGCUGUGCAGGCAGGGAAGGGCCAGCAGGUCAGACAGGUUCAGCACAAGGAACCUGCUUGGCUGCCCCAAGUAACACCAAACUGUGGGAGGAGAUCCCAGACCUCAGCAAGGGUGUUUUUACACCAGUUUCCUGACUGAGAGCAGCUGAAUUAACAUCUUUCAUCACUAAAUGGAUACAUAAUGUGCAUAACAGCAAAAUUUGUAAAUUAUUGUGGAAAAAAACUACCAUUAAAAGCCCACAAAAUAGGAAAA